AUGUCUACGACGGCUGUUUAUUCUGCCCCACCUAACCCCAGGAAGCGGGCUUCGGUAGCCUGUAACGGCUGCCGGGUCAAGAGAACAAAGUGCGAUGGCAGUCAGCCAAGAUGCAGCGCAUGCUACGACCGCCAACAAGACUGCGAGUAUACCCAGGCUGAAAGCAACAGAAAACGACAUACAAAUGCAUAUAUAAACGCGUUGGAAGCCCGUGUCGCAAGCUUGGAGAAACAACUCGCCCAGCGCAAUGGUGAUCCUGGGACGCCAGACUCUGCAAAGAACAGUAGCUGUGACCAUGAGGAGGUGGCCUUCGUAAGCACUACCCAAGCUUCUCAACCGGAACCAAACAGUACCACAAGCGAAGAAGAUAUGGAUGAUCUCGCAAACGCUCUUGGGUGCUUCACUCUGGGUGAAAUUGGAGAGCUGCGGUAUUUCGGCGCAUCCAGCAACUUUUCCAUCAUUCCCAACCACUCUAUUAAGGUUCCAUCGUCGAUCCAAGCCAGACUUCGCGGCAUAGAGGCCGCUGAAAAAAUGUCCGAUUUCAUCACGCCUUCUGACGAGAUGCGCGAUCACCUACUGGAGAUUUUCUGGCGAUGGCAGAACUGUUGGCAGUACAUCGUCCCAAGAGAGCUAUUCGUCAGGGAUCUAUACGUCGAGAAGAGUGGUCGGUACUGCACGCCUUCUCUAAUGGCGGCGAUUUUAGCAAUGUCGUCGCGGUACUCUCCGAGAUUAGAGCUUCGAACUGAUCCCGAUGACGCAAAUACGGCUGGUGAAGCGUUUGCUGCUCAAGCCAAGACUAUGCUUCAUUACGAAUGUGAAGCGCCAACGACGUCGACGGUUCAAGCAACAGCCCUCCUGGGCCUGUACUGGGCAACUAUUGACAAUGAGGGUCUCGGAUUCCUGUACAUCGGCAUGGCGACCAGGAUGGCCAUGAACCUGGGCCUUCAUUGUGAUUGCUCACCGUACGCUUCCAAAGGCUUAGUAUCCGCUGAUGACGUGGAGGCUAGGAAUGUCACAUUCUGGGGUGUAUAUUUCUUAGACAAACUUUAUUGCCUUGGUAUGGGCCGGCCGGCCAGUAUCCAAGAGUACAACAUCACAACGACCAAACCAAAAGGACUUACCCAACAUAGCCCUCUCUUAUCUGACUAUCAGUAUGGAAUAUCCGCUCCGUAUCCGACAAGUCACAUUCUGGAAAACUCGAUGUAUACUUGUGACCUUGUGCUCGCUACCUCGGAGGUUAUCGACCAGCUAUAUGCACAGAGAUACGCGUGGACUGAUAAAGAAAGAGAAGACAGAGUUAUGAAAGCUCAUCUCCAAGCUGUCGGACUCUUUGACCAGUUGCCGAAAAGCUUGAAAAUCUCGAGUUCCAGUCUUCAAUGUUCUCCGCCAUAUGUCUAUCAGUUUCAUUUACAAUACCACCAUGCAAUAUUGCUACUUCAUCGACCAUUCUUUCAGCUUCUCAACCCUGGCAAGAGCACCAUCGCCUAUGAUCCAGAGGGAGGAGAUAUUCACUCAAAGUCCUGCAGGGAAUCAGCCGUCAAGAUGGCUAGGAUUCUACAGAUAUUCAGAAAGAAUUACACAAUGCGAAAUAUGCCUGUCUCAGGAGUCCACCCAGCCUUCACUGCAGCAAUCAUCCAUCUUCUUCACAUUAAGUCAACAGGAAAUUACGGCAGGAGCGAGGCUAUGAGAUGUCUUUACAUAUGCGUGAAAUCUCUGUACGAGAUGAAUGUGAAUUGGAAUUGGGCUAAUCGGUCCAUUCGAGCGAUUUUGUCGCUGGCUAGGGAAUGGGAAAUCGACAUCUGGGCACAUGGUCUCGCACAAGAGAUCAAUGAAGAGAGUAGGAGACAAUUUGAACGGUAUGAAAUGGACGAUCUUGUGGUUUUCCAUGAUCAGGGCUCGGAGGGUAGCUUUGAGCAUGUUUAUUCGCUGGACGAUAUUUUCGAGUCUUGGACGUAUGACCAGUGUUUUGGGGAGUCAUCUCUGGACUUUUUUGUUUAG